AUUAUUUGAAAGAAAAAGUCAAAGGUAGCCAUGUGUUGUUUCCUGAUCGGGCUGGAGGUACACGGCUAUACCAUGAUCUCCGAGGUUUUUAGGUCAGGAAUUAUUCUCAAGCACAUCAGACGUGCCUCCACUCGUACACUCUACGCCACGAUUUCCCGCCAUAACGACGUCUGACUAACUGACUAUGUCUUCAAGUACAUAGCUAGGUCGGUUUCUGAUGCCCAGCUAAAUCCAAAAUCUUCUUCCAUCUGGCCCAUUGCUACAGAAUUCGGAGUGUUCAAUUUAUUCUUUCCUCAAUAUUCAGGGUUGUUCUAUCUCAAGGUUCCUGAUUCACCUGCUUGUCCAUGGCUAUGCAAACCGGAAUUAGCCUUUCCAGGAUCAUUGUCCUUGCCGGUGCAGGAUACACCGGUACGAUUCUGUUAAAAAAUGGUAAAUUGUCUGACCUGAUCGGUGAACUUCAGUCGUUGGUAAAGGGACUGGAAAAAUCUGGGGAACCUGCAGAUAGUGAUUCACACUACAGUGAUGCCAUUGCCCAACAGGUGAAGCGUUUGGCAAUGGAGGUUCGGCAACUGGCCUCAUCAAGGCAAAUAACUGUUCUCAAUGGGGGCUCUGGCCAAACAGGCAACUUAACUGGUCUCAUUGUUCCAGCUGCUGCCUUGGGGGCAUUGGGUUAUGUUUACAUGUGGUGGAAGGGUUUGAAAUUCUCAGAUCUUUUGUAUGUAACAAAGCGCAGUAUGGCAAAUGCUGUUUCAAACUUGACAAAGAAUUUGGAGCAAGUAUCUGAGGCUCUAUCUGCUGCAAAGGUACAUUUGACGCAGCGAAUACAACUUUUGGAUGAUAAAAUGGAGUGUCAAAAAGAGAUCUCAAAGGCAAUUCAAAAUGACGUUAAUGCUGCUUCCGAAAAUAUAUCACAAAUUGGCUCAGAGCUGUGGCAGUUGCAAUGUCUAGUUUCUGGUUUGGACGGGAAGAUAGGUUCUUUGGAGGAGAAGCAGGAUAUUGCAAAUAUGGGGGUGUUGUACCUGUGCAAUUUUGUUGGUGGCAAAAAAAUGAAAAUGCCUAAAGCUCUGGAGGAUCAACUUAAACCUUCUGGGAGAACUCGUAGUUCACUCGCAUAUCCUGAAGCUGCAAGUUUGACUGGUCUUAAGGAGCUUGCAGACAGUUUAUCUCAAACUAUCAGUGAACCAACUGAUGUCAUACUGCAAGAUGGAAUUGAUAAAUUGAAAGACCCAUCAUGUACAACACAAAGUGACCAACCAAGAACCCUACUUAGACUGCAUUUGCUCAGUGCCUGAAAUAAGUGCUUCUCCAAAUGUUAAGCAGCAUUACUUUUUUCUCAAACAUUAUGCUAGCAUGUAGAUCUAUUUUGUUUUACAUGGCAUAAAUUUUGCAGGUUUUGUUCAGUCAAGUGUUGAGGCAAUAUUCUGAGCAGGAUGGUUAACGAAUUUUAUUUUGGCAACAUACUCGUAAAGUGGAUUGUAGUAUUUCCGUACAAAUAAGGGAAGCCUCGAGCACACAGGAUGAUCUAAUUACUGGGAAAAUGAUGGUUAAUUGCUUAUGGUAGUCUUUGUAUUCUACUUCAUAGUGCAUAUUAAGUUUUUGAAGUUUAAUGAACACAUCUAUUCUGUAAAACGCAUGAUGGAUGUGCAUCCUUUAGAGCUGUAGACAUCAUAGUAUAGUUUUUAUUGUUAUUUUGUUAUGAA